ACACAAAAAAAACCCUUAAAUCCUCACAUUUUCUUCUUAAAAAUGGGAGUAAACUCAAAUAGAGUAGAAGAUUUCUCAACUCAUAAUCAUGCAUGUUUUGAAACUACAAUCAAUAUUCCAAACACAACACAAACAAUGUUACAAUUACCUAACACUACUUCCCCUACAGAGAUCCACCGUGUUUGCCUACCUCCAAAAACAACUACUUUCCAAAAGCUUAAACACAGGGUUUCAGAAAUUUUCUUCCCUGAUAAUCCACUUCAUAGGUUUAAGAACCAAACAUGGCUUAAAAAACUUGUUCUUUCCCUUCAGUUUUUCUUCCCUGUUUUUCAUUGGGGUCCAAAUUAUAAUCUCAAACUUUUUAGGUCUGAUCUUAUCUCUGGUCUUACCAUUGCUAGUCUUGCUAUCCCACAGGGAAUUAGUUAUGCAAAGCUUGCAAAUUUACCUCCAAUCAUUGGAUUAUAUUCAAGCUUUGUGCCGCCAUUGAUGUACUCAAUAUUAGGGAGUUCAAAGCACUUAGCAGUGGGCCCAGUGUCAAUAGCAUCCUUAGUGAUGGGGACUAUGUUGAGUGAAGUUGUAUCUCCUAUUGAAGAACCCACUCUCUAUCUUAAGCUUGCUUUUACUUCUACCUUUUUUGCUGGUGUUUUUCAAGCUUCUCUUGGUUUUCUCAGGUUGGGUUUUGUAAUAGAUUUCUUGUCAAAAGCAACCUUAAUUGGUUUUAUGGCUGGGGCAGCAGUCAUAGUCUCAUUGCAACAGCUCAAAGGUUUGCUUGGGAUGGUCCACUUCACUAACCAGAUGCAGAUCAUUCCUGUUUUGUCUUCUGUUUUAAAGUACAAAAAUGAGUGGGCAUGGCAAACUAUUUUGAUGGGCUUCUGUUUCCUGUUCUUUCUUCUUGCAGCAAGACAAAUUAGUGCCAAAAGGCCCAAGUUAUUUUGGAUAUCAGCAGCUGCACCUUUGACAUCAGUUAUACUUUCUACAAUCAUAGUUUUUGCUGUCAAACCUAAUCCUCGCCAAAUCCCAAUUAUCGGAUACUUGCCUAAGGGACUCAAUCCACCAUCAACAAACAUGCUAUACUUCCAUGGCUCGUACCUCGCUCUUGCGCUUAAAACCGGCAUUGUUAGCGGCAUCCUAGCUCUCACUGAAGGAAUAGCGGUAGGAAGAACAUUUGCAACACUUAACAACUACCAAGUUGAUGGCAACAAAGAAAUGAUGGCUAUUGGUCUCAUGAAUAUGGCUGGUUCUUGCUCUUCUUGCUAUGUCACAACUGGAUCGUUUUCUAGAUCCGCUGUAAACUACAAUGCAGGAGCUCAAACUGCAGUGUCAAACAUAAUUAUGGCGGCAGCAGUGCUCAUUACAUUGUUGUUCCUAAUGCCUCUAUUUUAUUACACACCUACAGUCAUCUUAGCUGCUAUUAUCAUCACUGCAGUCAUCGGUUUGAUCGAUUAUCAAGCAGCCUUCCGAUUAUGGAAAGUCGAUAAACUCGAUUUCUUAGCUUGUAUAUGCUCCUUCUUCGGUGUCCUCUUCGUUUCAGUUCCUUUGGGGCUCGCAAUUUCUGUAGGAGUAUCGGUAUUCAAGAUUCUACUUCAUGUUACAAGGCCAAACACAACCGUUCUAGGAAACAUUCCCGGAACUCAGAUUUACCAAACCUUAGGAAGAUAUAGAGAAGCAACGAGAAUCCCUUCAUUUCUCAUCCUAUCGAUCGAAUCUCCCAUUUACUUCGCAAACUCCACAUAUCUUCAAGAGAGGGUAUUAAGAUGGGUUCGAGAGGAGGAAGAACGAGUGAAGGCCAACAAUGAGAACAUGAUGAAAUGUGUAAUCUUAGACAUGAGUGCCGUGUCAGCAAUAGACACGAGUGGAAUCGAGCUGCUAGGCGAGCUGAGAAAGAUGCUAGAAAGAAGAUCGCUGCAGCUUGUACUCGCGAAUCCUGCAGGAAAUGUGACUGAAAAACUGCACCAAUCAAAAACUUUAGAAUCCUUUGGUGCACAAGGACUUUACUUGACUGUUGGAGAAGCUAUAGCUGACAUUUCCACAACAUGGAAAUCUCAACCUUGAACACCCUCUAAGAGGAUUUAUAAUUAGACUUCAUAAAACCCGGAAUCAUUAUUAGCUUAGAUCUAAUAGAGCAGAGUAAUAAUAUAUGCAUAUAUAUAUAUAUAUAUAUAUAUAUAUAUAUAUAUAUAUAUAUAUGUAUGUAAUAACUAAUAACUAAUGUAAACCAUAGGUUCAAGCUUGAGUUUUUGAAGUGUUUUCAAGUGUUUUUGCUCUUAAAAUAAUAGUCGGAUACUACCUAUUUGCUAUUACAAAGCAUAUAUCUGACUUCUAAACUCUACCGGUGAAGAUGAGUGCUACUUAAUGACAAUGCGGUGAUACGGUGAUAGGAUGCAUGAGCAGAUCUAGUG